AUUGAGUUACAGAAUAUAUAGGAUUAAAAAAGAUAGCGAUAGAGAUAUACCAUAAGAGACAAUGUUGUCGGUGUCGGUCUCAGAACAGGUUAAGUUUAAGAGCAAAAAGUGUGGAACCGUUACAGUAUUACCGGUCACAGUUGAAUUUGGAAAAUUUGUUGGAUCUGACAGUCAGUGCAAUCCUCGACACAAACGCAACAUUAAUGGCAGUAAUUGCGGAUCAAAUCGCAUCCAUCGGCAGAAUUCAGAUAAUUGCAAAUCUGUCGACAAAAGGAGUUUUCAUUCAAUAGACACCAUAGAGACGAACGUCACUGAAAAGGAUCAAAAUGUUUACAAAAAUCACAUCGAUUUCUAUCUUUAUGGU